AUGGAAGGCCCACAUGGAGUGGCCCCGGUGAAGGCUUUGCUGCUGGCUCAGGGCAUCUACGUCUGUGCCAAGUGCGGCCAUGAGCUGUUCUCCAGCCGCGCCAAGUACGAGCACUCGUCCCCGUGGCCAGCCUUCACCGAGACCAUCCACGAGGACAGCGUGGCCAAGCGCAAGGAGCGGCCGGGGGCUUUAAAGGUGUCUUGUGGCAAGUGUGGCAACGGGCUCGGCCAUGAAUUCCUCAACGAUGGACCGAAGAGGGGGCAGUCCCGCUUCUGAAUAUUCAGCAGCUCGCUGAAGUUUGUCCCAAAAGGCAAAGCAGACGAGGACCUGAAGGAAAAGUAAGCGAGCUGCUCUUCUUGGCACACUGCUCUUGGGCUGAUCCUGCGCUCACACCUUGGGGUGCACCCUCCGGUCAAGGGGGCACCGGGAGAAAGAGAAACCCCAAAGAAGCUCCUGGUUUCCCCAGGCUGGUUCCCUCCUCAGGGCUGCUCCGAUUCGGGGUGCUGGGAGGAGCACGGAGGAGGCAAAGGGAAAAUGGGGUUGCUGAAGCUCUGUGCUUGCCGGGUGGCCUGUGCCCAAGGGUGUUUCACACCAGUUGGGGUGAUGCAAAGGCUACAGCUCUUCAUUUUACCCACACUUGCCCCCUCCCCAACCAUCCGCUCUCCCCAGCAUCCUUGCCCCUGCCAGCAGCAGCUACUGCUGCACCCGUUUGGUUUUGUCCAUUAAAGCAGGACAUGUGCCUGCGGUCCUGCCUCUGUGGAGCUCGGGGGUGGUUUUGCUGUUGACUUCAGCCGAGCCAGAACCCUCUCCAGAUCACAGCUGGGAGGGGCUGAUUCUGGCCUGGAACUGAUGCAAUCCAGGGUCGCUCUGCUGGCAUUUCCAGGGAGUAACGCUGGAUUAGCUGCGGGCAGAGUCUGGGUUAAUCCCUGCUGCUAUUCUGGGCUGGGGUCAUGGUAUGAAUUGCUCUACAUAAACCCUUCCAGGGUGCUAGGGCAAGGAUGAUUUUAUGAUCCAGCUAGACAGCAGCCAGGUAUUUCACCCCUCUACCCAUCUUGCACACAGUAGAGGCAGUUCUAGAUUUCACAUCUCCUCUGGGCUUGAUUCUGCGUUGAUUUAUCACUGUGCUGUAAACCCCAGCGGCACUAACGGUUCCUCCUUGCUGUACACUGGUGCAAGGGAGGCCAGAGUCAGGCUCACAGGCAGCACCUUGCACAACUCAGGCUUCAGGAAUCACAUCCGCAUUCCCUCUGCGCUCGGAAGGGCUGUGACACCGCGUUAUCCUUAAUUCCGCAUCUGAUUCGUGGCCUUCCCUCCCCGUCCCAGAAACCAAAUCCUCCACUGAAAUCAAUGUGCAGGGAAUUUUGAAGACAGCAAACCUUUGCUGAGCCGUGGGGUCCGGCGGUGCAGCUCUGGUGCAACACACGAGU